AUGAACAGCGCACCUCAGUCUAGAGUCGGCUCAGUGUCGAGCUCGAAACCCCCGUCUUUAAAGUCCCACGACGACUCCGUCAAGCGAUCACCGCACAUGAACCCGCAGAACGGCCAAACCAACGGCACCGCCAGUCGGAAUGGUAGUGUCUCGAGCAGCGUCAACGGCAAGACCUCACCUCCUCCCGACGCUCUCCUCCAGCCUGUCGCCCGCCCCACCGUGUCCAUGAAGGACAAGCUCUCCCGCAUGUUCUCCCAUCGUGAAACACCACGGUCAACACCCUCCGUCACGCCACGUCGUGCCAGCUUCGAUGAUGACGCAGCGAGACCAAAGAAGAGCUCGCCGCCGAUACCGCGCAGUACGCCCGCCAACGGCAACGAGAAGGCGAGCGAAAAGUCUGCCCCUGCGGUCAAGCCAAAACCCAAGGAACUGCACCGCUUCAUGCCCGAUGAAGAUGUCCAGGGUGGCCACUCACACCACCUCAAGUCCAGUCGCCGGCAGGAAAAGCUUUCGGAUAUGUGGCGCAUGUUGCUCGGAAAGAAGCAGGAAAUUGCAGAAAACGACCUGUCACUCGUCUCUAAUUGGGUCGAUACGCUGAGGGAUGAGAACCGCGAUGAUGUGGCUGGAGACAGGAAAGGCGGACCCAACGCGUCAGUCUCGCUGACACAAAAGUACGGAAAAUGCCACGAAGUUGUCGGACGUGGCGCCUUUGGCAUUGUGCGCAUCUCUCACAAGAAAGCUGAGAAUGGCGCCGAGAAACUGUUCGCCGUCAAGGAGUUCCGUCGCCGUCCAGAGGAGACGGAGAAGAAGUACAGCAAACGUUUGACAGCCGAGUUCUGCAUUUCGUCGUCCCUGCGACAUCCCAACGUCAUCCACACGCUCGACCUUUUGAAGGACGCCAAGGGCGACUACUGCGAAGUCAUGGAGUUCUGCGCAGGCGGUGACCUGUACACGCUGGUGCUAGCCGCCGGCAAGCUCGAGGUCCAAGAGGCGGACUGCUUCUUCAAGCAAAUGAUGCGCGGCGUGGAAUACCUACACGAGAUGGGCGUCGCCCAUCGUGACCUGAAGCCCGAGAACCUCCUCCUCACCACACGUGGUGGCCUCAAGAUUACUGAUUUCGGCAACGGCGAGUGUUUCCGCAUGGCGUGGGAGACCGACCCCCACAUGGUCUCUGGUCUCUGCGGAUCGGCCCCAUACAUCGCGCCUGAAGAGUACGUGGACAAGGAAUUCGACGCCCGCGCCGUUGACGUUUGGGCAUGUGGUGUCAUUUAUAUGGCCAUGCGGACCGGCCGUCACCUUUGGCGCGUCGCCAGGAAGGACCAGGAUGAGUUUUACGCACGCUAUCUCGCCGGACGCCGUGAUGAAGAGGGGUACGGUCCCAUCGAGUCCUUGCACAGAGUGAGCACCCCCGCCCGCUGUCGGAAUGUCAUCUAUUCGAUCCUAGACCCGAACCCCACGCGGCGUAUCACGGCCUCACAGGUUCUCAAGUCCGAGUGGGGUCGCGAGAUUACCCUCUGCAAGGCCGGCGAGGAAGGUCUGUGA